CAAGGUUAUAUUUACAAAUAAAAACACUAUCACAAUGGAGAGAUUGAAUAUCCUUGCCAUCUUUUUGCUCUUGACAACUACUUUGGCAGUGCCAACAUGGGGAAGGAUAGAAAAAACCAAAAACGAGAAACAAGAAAUACUAGAUGAGGUGAUGAAGAUGGAAAUGGGACAAAACUUUAAGGCUAUACCGGUGGUUGUAAAAGAAGAAGUGGUGGCGGUAGUGGAGGAGCCACCAAAGACGGCGAGGUUGCGCGGUUGCGCCGGAGUGGGUGAAAAUUGUGUAUAUGUCUCAUGCUGUCCGACUAGCAGUGCUGGAAAUCGUGUCAUAUGUUCUGCAGGUCUAUACAAUGCAGUUUGUGUAGAAAUCUUUCCUCCUCCUGAUUGGCCUGAGAUGAUCAGAAGAUCUCUAAGAAUAUAAUUAAUUAAUGUGGUUUGUUUGAAAUAAAAUAAAUAUGCUUGCAGUUUGUGAUUUAAAAAAAAAUGAAAGUUAAUUUUAAAUUAGCUUUUACUAAGCAAUUGGAAGCAAAACUGCAAGAGAGCUGUUUUAAUUUGUGUGAUGUUUCAUAUGUUUGUUAUGCAUGGUUGUUAUAUACAUGUAUAUGCAACCUACAAAUGCAUACCAACUCUUUAUCUUUGUGGAUUAUGAAUAAAAGUGGAUCAUGUAUGAGUUUUAUGUUGUUA